GCUGUCCCACGCGCAGGUUAAAAAGUUUGCGGCGCAUGCGCUGUGGCUGUCACAAAACCGCGGGAAAGUUUGACAGUUCGUGAGAAAACUUGUGUGGUGUUUUGUGAAUACGUAAACAGUUUUCAUUCAUAGAUUCAAUAAUUAAUGUGUGAUCUAGUUGUAGAAAUGUUUUGUAAACCACGUUUUGCUGACAAAUCAUUUUCUGGUUAAUUUAACCGGCUGCAUUUUAUUGGAUUAUUUCGAGAUAUAUUAUUAGAAAAGGCAAAAAAAUGAUGAAGCUCAUCGACCCAAAACGGUUUCUGGCCAGCGUGUUCCCCAUACUGCAGUGGUCGAGGAGUUACGACGUGCGAAACGGCGUCGGAGACCUAAUAGCCGGCAUUACUGUGGCGCUGACGCUCAUUCCACAGUCCAUCGCCUACGCUUCGCUGGCUGGUUUUGAACCGCAGUAUGGCUUAUACGCGUCGCUCCUCGGAGGCUUCAUAUACGCUGUAAUGGGUACAUGCCCCCAAAUCAAUAUUGGGCCAACUGCGCUGCUGUCCCUGCUGACCUUCACGUAUACCAGCGGGACGAAUCCGGACUUCGCCAUCUUGCUGUGCUUUAUCAGCGGCAUUGUACAGCUGGCUGCUGGCAUCGCGCAAUGCGGUUUCCUAGUAGAAUUUGUGUCACUGCCAGUAGUGUCUGGGUUUACCUCAGCAGCAGCUGUCACCAUCGCGUCAUCCCAGCUGAAGGGUCUACUUGGCUUGAAGUUCCCAUCGGAGUCUUUCAUUGAUACCUGGGCUGGCGUGUUCAAAAACAUCGGCCAGUGUAGACUGCCAGAUACGCUGCUCAGCUUGGCCUGUUGUAUCGUGCUGUUUGGGAUGAAGGCGAUGAAAGAUAUUCGGCUGAAGGGCGUUGAAGAGGAGAAAGGUCGGCGCAGUUCUGCGAUCCUUCAGAAGUGCUUCUGGUUCGCUGGGGUGGCGAGGAAUGCAGUGGUGGUCGUCUUUGCGGCCGUGGUGGCGUACUGCGUGUACCAGGAUUCGCAAGAACCUUUGAUUCUCACUGGCAAUAUAACGCCGGGAUUACCCAAGCCGCAGCCGCCGCCGUUUUACACGAGCGUGGGAAACAUGACGUAUACGGCGGGGGAAAUGAUUUCCCACCUCGGCUCCGGGCUGUUGGUCGUCCCCAUCGUCGGCAUCAUAUCUAACGUGGCCAUUGCUAAGGCUUUUGCUCGCGGAAAAACUUUGGAUGCGACUCAAGAGAUCAUAGCACUUGGCGUGUGCAACGUGUUUGGGUCUUUCUUCCGCUCGUUCCCGACCAACGGCUCUUUUACACGAAGCGCCGUGAGCGACGCGUCCGGCGUAAGAACGCCUGCUGCGGGAUUCUACACUGGUAUCAUAGUGUUGCUGACAUUGGCGCUGCUGACGCCAUACUUCUUCUUCAUCCCGCGGGCUGCGCUUGCGGCUGUCAUCGUAUGCGCCGUGUUACACAUGGUUGACUUGGCCAUCAUCAAGAAACUUUGGGCUACGAGCAGAUUGGACCUUAUCCCGUUAUUUGGUACAUUCGUUUGCUGCUUAGCGCUGGGAAUCGAAGUGGGUCUCAUCUGUGGUGUACUCGUAGACGUUCUCCUACUAUUGUAUUACCACUCGCGACCACCUCUGGACGUGAAAUUUGUCGAUGACGGUGACCUACCACCCCACUACGCGAUUCACCCAGUAGGGGGUCUCCACUUCGCGGGUGCCGAAAACGUUCGAUCGAAGCUCGCCGCACUAAGGAACCCCAACAACAAAAUCAACAAGCCUUUAGAAACCCUAACAGUUGUGCCUACUAAUGACCUAGGGAUUAACCCUAGGUUCCCAGAGAAUGGAAACAACGGUGUCGUGGUCAGAUGUAGUACGAAGGCUUCGAAUGUGUUGGUGGUAUACUGCGAUGCUUUGUACAGAAUGGAUUAUACGUUCUUACAGAGCAUAAAAAUGCUAGUAUCGGAAUGGUCACGGAACGGUCGCGUGGUGUGGUGUAACGCUAAGCCUCUCGUCAAGACGCAGCUUGAUAGCGUACUUCAAGAGGUGGUCUACUGUAACAGCGAAGACCUGAAGAGGUUCCUUAGUGGUGUAGCUCUGGCCGACGAGGCUGCAAUCGGUGACACCCAUUUAUAGUUUAGCCUGAAUCUACAUCGAUUUUGCUAAAUGUUUUAAUUAUAAGAAUACAUUACGUUGGUUCGUGCGUUUCUGAAGAUAAUAUGUCGUCUACAGUACUGCUGGGCAAAGCCAUCCCCCAAGGAUUUUCAUAAAGACCGGUCCUGCGCUGCCCGCAUCCAGGGUACUUUCCGCAACCUUCACCAGAUCGUCGCACAUAGCUCGUAGAGCUGAAAAGUUCUCAAGUGGCGAUUACGGGCCGGAAGGCGUAGUAUGGCCAGACCACUUGGUGGACCGACGAUCUGGUGAAGAAUACGUAGUAUAAGUUAAUUCUAUAGCUUUUCAUGUAGCGAUAUAUUAGAAAAAGAUAUUCAAUAUCUUGUGUAGGUACGUCAUAAAUUAUACUCUAACAUUGUAUUUACCAAUGGAAAUGAAAGUUCUACCAAGACAAUAUCAACUGAUAAGUUUUAGAUUUUAUUUAGGUUAGAUAAACUUAGUCCGUCCUUUUAAAAUACCUCAAUGAGAUAGAUCCGAUGAUGUUCUAACACAUGAUGUGUGGAAACGAUGUAAGAUAUUUUUGAACUUCCAAUUUAGCUUGGGUUUCUUAAUAGUAACAAAAGUAAUUAAUUAUAGUAUCACAGGUAUCGAACCUAUAAUAACACGUAUUGGGGGAAUAUACCCACUUAGAAGUUCUUGUUUUUCUUACAUCGUUUCGUCUGACAACUUGAAUAGUAUAGGUUUAAGCCGGGUCCAGACGGGUGUAACGCGUAAUGGAAUGUAUCGUGUAAUGUAAUAGAAAUAGUAUGGGGGGGCAGCACUUUACAUGUAAUGUUCGUAGUGCCGUCCACCCGCAGAAUUCGUGUUACAUCACACGUAAUCUUGCAUUACACAUUACACCCGUCUGGUCCGGCUUAACGUUAAAAGUAAAGUUGCUGAUUAAGAAAUAUCUUAUGACCCUAAAGAUUCAUAGUCAACUUUUUCUAUUAAAUUUGACUUGCAUUGCAUUAUUUAAUCAAAGAUUUAUCGUUAUGUGUGAUCCCUGUGACUGUUGUGAUAUUUUGUAUUCAAAUGCAUUCAUGUAAAUAGUGUGAUUUUAAAUAGCUAUAAGAGUUAGUAUUGUAUUAAUUGAUAUUCACAAAAAAAAAACAGUAAGUAAAUGAUUAAGUAAAAUAUUUUAAAAUUAAGCAUAAUAAAGAAAAAUGGUAAUAAAAUUUUAUUAAUAAGUCCCACAA